CUUCCUCGGACGGCUGUAGCUCCCACGCAUGAUCUGGUCUCUCGUGAUGUGCGCGUCCCUGGUCACGCAUGCGCCAUCCGCCACCGUCUUUCGCCGCGCCCGGCCGGAGGAGUCGGCCGACAUCGCCGUCCUCCGCGUGCACACCUUCUGCGGCCACCUCCGUGCCCCGUACAGCCGCUACCUGCAGCAGCGCGUAUUUGAGGAGUCCAUGGCCGCCAAGACGGCAACGGUCGUCGCCGUGGCAGCCAGUCGGGCCGUCGCGGGUGAGGCUGGCCCGAUUCUCGGCUGCGCGGACCUGCUCCAGGCGACGACCGCUUCGUGCUACGUGACGAACGUGGCAGUUCAUGCGCAGGCGCGGCGGCGCGGCAUCGCGCGCGGGCUAAUGCGCCUCGCGGAGGCGCAGGCGCUCUCCCUCGGCGGCGAGGAGCUCGUGCUGCACGUGGAGGAGGACAACGCGCCCGCGCUCGCGCUGUACGAGGCGAUCGGCUUCGCGCCGCUGCUCGACGAGCCACAGCGGUCCUUCUUCUCCGCCGCCACCUUCACCGACGCCUCUGCGCCGCCGCAGCGCCUGCUGCGGAAGCGCCUCCAUGCGACGGCCAUCGCACGCGGCGGGCUCCCCUCGAUGAGCGCGGCGGCGGCCGGCCUGGACGCUCCUCGGGGCGACGGCGCGCGGGCAGGCGCCUCGCCGACGCUGGAGGAGGUGGCCGAGGUGGCCGAGGCGGCGGGCCGCGCGGCGGCGGCGCUCGUGCGCGACCGGGUCGGGGCCGGCGUGCUCAAGACGAAGGCGACGCGCGGCGACCUGCUCACCGCGGUGGACGGGGAGGCGCAGGAGGUCAUCGAGGCGGCCGUGCGCGCUGCCUUCCCCGCCCACGCCUUCCUUGGAGAGGAGAGCGUGCCCGCGGGCGCGACGGCGUCCGCAGACGCGCUGCGCUGCGCGCUGGACGCGUGCGGCAGCGACUGGCUCUGGGUCGUCGACCCUCUUGAUGGGACGACCAACUUUGUGCAGAGCUUGCCGCUGGUGGGCGUCUCGAUUGGAGUGGCGCGCCGCGUGGGCGAGGCGGCGGAGCAGCGAUGGGAGGUCGUCGUCGGCGUCGUGGUCGACCCGUUCCGCGAGGAGACCGUCACCGCCACCCUCGGAGGCGGCUGCACGCUCAACGGCUCUCCCGUCCGCGUCGGGGUCGAGCCACUCGCUGACGCUGUCGUCGCCACCGGCUUCGCUCCAACCGAGGCGUCUCUCGCGCCCAUGGUGCGCGGGAUCGCGGCGCGCCCAGUCUUCCCGCGAUGCUCUGACACCGGGCGCGAGCUCGUGCUCAGGCUCGGCUCCGCGGCAAUCAUGCUCGCGUGGGUCGCGUGCGGCCGCCUCUCCGCCUACUUUGAGGCCGACCUCAACGCGUGGGACUCCGCGGCGGGCGUGCUGCUCGUGCGCGAGGCGGGCGGGCUCGUGAGCGACCUGCGGGGAGGGCCCUUUGGCAUCGCCUCGCGGCCGAUGCUCGCGUCCAACGCCGCGGCGCACGCCGAGCUGCGGGAGGUGCUGCGAGACGCGCGCGUGCUGGGCCUCGACCCGCUCUGA